AUGCAGCAGCAGCAGCAGCAGCAGUCACAGUUCCAACAGCUGCACCAGCUGCAACAGCUGCAGCAGCUGCACCAGUACCAGCAACAGCAACUCUUGCAGCAGCUACAGCAGCAACAGACUCUGCAAAGUGCCUCAGCCUCUCUACAGGUCACCCCCAACAGCACCAUCCACAGCCUGGUCCCCCCCACACACCCCCGCCUGGCCGAUCUGUGGGGGGCCGCCCAGGUCGAGGCGCACCAGGUGAGGAACCAGCUGUUUAACCAGGUUCAAGUUCACUGUAAUCAUACCAACACGAGUGUGCAUGAGUACCGGUUGUCCAGCUGGUUGGGGCAGCAGGAGGACAUCCACCGCAUCGUCCUGUACCAGAGCGACCCGAGCCUCAGCCCCUGGACCCAGCGCUGCAUCCGCCAAGCAGACUGCAUCCUCAUCGUGGGCCUGGGGGAGCAGGAGCCCGUGGCAGGGGAGUUAGAGCGCCUCCUAGAGGGCAGUGCAGUGCGUUCGCAGAAGCAGCUGGUGCUGCUGCACAGAGAGGAUGGACCUCCUCCUAAGGCCACAGCUGAUUGGCUGAACAUGAGGAGCUGGAUCUGCAAACACCACCAUCUGUCCUGCCCCCGCCGGGUCUUCUCCCGCCGCAGUCUGCCCAAACUGGUCAGUCCCAACGGGUUUCACUGUCACUCUCCCGCCGCAGUCUGCUCAAACUGGUCAGUCCCAACGGGUUUCACUGUCACGCUCCCGCCACAGUCUGCUCAAACUGGUCAGUCCCAACGGGUUUCACUGUCACGCUCCCGCCACAGUCUGCCCAAACUGGUCAGUCCCAACGGGUUUCACUGUCACUCUCCCGCCGCAGUCUGCUCAAACUGGUCAGUCCCAACGGGUUUCACUGUCACGCUCCCGCCACAGUCCGCCCAAACUGGUCAGUCCCAACGGGUUUCACUGUCACUCUCCCGCCACAGUCUGCUCAAACUGGUCAGUCCCAACGGGUUUCACUGUCACUCUCCCGCCACAGUCUGCUCAAACUGGUCAGUCCCAACGGGUUUCACUGUCACUCUCCCGCCACAGUCUGCCCAAACUGGUCAGUCCCAACGGGUUUCACUGUCACUCUCCCGCCGCAGUCUGCUCAAACUGGUCAGUCCCAACGGGUUUCACUGUCACUCUCCCGCCGCAGUCUGCUCAAACUGGUCAGUCCCAACGGGUUUCACUGUCACUCUCCCGCCGCAGUCUGCUCAAACUGGUCAGUCCCAACGGGUUUCACUGUCACUCUCCCGCCACAGUCUGCUCAAACUGGUCAGUCCCAACGGGUUUCACUGUCACUCUCCCGCCGCAGUCUGCUCAAACUGGUCAGUCCCAACGGGUUUCACUGUCACUCUCCCGCCGCAGUCUGCUCAAACUGGUCAGUCCCAACGGGUUUCACUGUCACUCUCCCGCCGCAGUCUGCUCAAACUGGUCAGUCCCAACGGGUUUCACUGUCACUCUCCCGCCGCAGUCUGCUCAAACUGGUCAGUCCCAACGGGUUUCACUGUCACUCUCCCGCCGCAGUCUGCUCAAACUGGUCAGUCCCAACGGGUUUCACUGUCACUCUCCCGCCGCAGUCUGCUCAAACUGGUCAGUCCCAACGGGUUUCACUGUCACUCUCCCGCCGCAGUCUGCUCAAACUGGUCAGUCCCAACGGGUUUCACUGUCACUCUCCCGCCACAGUCUGCUCAAACUGGUCAGUCCCAACGGGUUUCACUGUCACUCUCCCGCCGCAGUCUGCUCAAACUGGUCAGUCCCAACGGGUUUCACUGUCACUCUCCCGCCACAGUCUGCUCAAACUGGUCAGUCCCAACGGGUUUCACUGUCACUCUCCCGCCACAGUCCGCCCAAACUGGUCAGUCCCAACGGGUUUCACUGUCACUCUCCCGCCGCAGUCUGCUCAAACUGGUCAGUCCCAACGGGUUUCACUGUCACUCUCCCGCCGCAGUCUGCUCAAACUGGUCAGUCCCAACGGGUUUCACUGUCACUCUCCCGCCGCAGUCUGCUCAAACUGGUCAGUCCCAACGGGUUUCACUGUCACUCUCCCGCCGCAGUCCGCCCAAACUGGUCAGUCCCAACGGGUUUCACUGUCACUCUCCCGCCACAGUCUGCUCAAACUGGUCAGUCCCAACGGGUUUCACUGUCACUCUCCCGCCGCAGUCUGCUCAAACUGGUCAGUCCCAACGGGUUUCACUGUCACUCUCCCGCCGCAGUCCGCCCAAACUGGUCAGUCCCAACGGGUUUCACUGUCACUCUCCCGCCGCAGUCUGCUCAAACUGGUCAGUCCCAACGGGUUUCACUGUCACUCUCCCGCCGCAGUCUGCUCAAACUGGUCAGUCCCAACGGGUUUCACUGUCACUCUCCCGCCGCAGUCUGCUCAAACUGGUCAGUCCCAACGGGUUUCACUGUCACUCUCCCGCCACAGUCUGCUCAAACUGGUCAGUCCCAACGGGUUUCACUGUCACUCUCCCGCCGCAGUCUGCUCAAACUGGUCAGUCCCAACGGGUUUCACUGUCACUCUCCCGCCGCAGUCUGCUCAAACUGGUCAGUCCCAACGGGUUUCACUGUCACUCUCCCGCCACAGUCUGCUCAAACUGGUCAGUCCCAACGGGUUUCACUGUCACUCUCCCGCCACAGUCUGCUCAAACUGGUCAGUCCCAACGGGUUUCACUGUCACUCUCCCGCCGCAGUCUGCCCAAACUGGUCAGUCCCAACGGGUUUCACUGUCACGCUCCCGCCACAGUCUGCUCAAACUGGUCAGUCCCAACGGGUUUCACUGUCACUCUCCCGCCACAGUCUGCUCAAACUGGUCAGUCCCAACGGGUUUCACUGUCACUCUCCCGCCACAGUCUGCCCAAACUGAGGGAGAUGUACCAGCGAGUGUUUGAGAAGUCUCCGGAUCGACACUCGGACUUCUCCCGUUUGGCCCGAAUGCUGACGGGGAACAGCAUCGCCGUGGUGCUGGGAGGGGGCGGAGCCAGGGGCUGUUCUCAGGUGGGGGUCCUGAAGGCUCUGACUGAGGCUGGGAUCCCUGUGGACCUGGUCGGGGGCACUUCCAUCGGCUCCCUCAUGGGGGCGCUGUACGCAGAGGAGAAGAGCAGCAGCCGCAUGAGAGGAAGAGCCAGAGAGUGGUCUAUGGACAUGACGUCUCUGUUUAAAAAGAUUGUGGAUCUGACGUAUCCAGUCACCUCCAUGUUCUCAGGGGCCUCCUUUAACUCAGGCAUCAGGUCUGUCUUCAAAGGGAAACAAAUAGAGGAUUUGUGGUUGCCGUACUUUAACAUCACCACUGACAUCACGGCGUCUGCCAUGAGGGUGCACACAGACGGUUCUCUGUGGAGGUAUGUUCGCGCCAGCAUGUCUCUGUCGGGGUAUCUGCCCCCGCUCUGUGACCCCAAGGACGGACACCUCCUCAUGGACGGGGGCUACAUCAACAACCUGCCCGGGUGA